GUUUUCCAACGUUACCGAAAUUAAGGGACCUUAAUUGUAAAAAACAAUAAAUAAAGGGGCUAAUUCUCAAUAACUAAAAAGUAUAAAAAAAUAUGAUUCCCUUCUUCACCGAAUCUGUUUCAAAGCAGAAACAAGAAAAAGUCAAAAACGAUAACAAUGACGUCACCAUCAACCUCCCUCCUCCUCCUUGCGAUCAUCAUCUGCUCCCUCUCACUCACCACCGCACGCCCUUGCAAAACCUUCCUAAUCUCCUCCUACUCCCUCUCAAUCACCCCAGAAACAAACCCUAACCUCUCCUCCCAAUCCCAAUCCCAAUACGUCACCGUUUUCACAAUCCGCCGUCUCUACCCUCGCCCCGUCCCUCUCUUCCUCUCCUCCGCCGCCGAGAAGCCUCGGAUCGGAGCCGAUCGUACUCCUCGAUCACCGUUCUCCGAGAACGUCAAGGAUCGCACGAGAGAUAUCCUCAGCGUCGUGGUGGCUCUCUUGUUCGGUGUAGGGUGUGGUGCCUUGACCGCGGCGACUAUGUAUCUGGUUUGGGCAAUCGUGGUGAAUAGGAGUGGUGAGGAGGGUGAUGAAGAGGAGGAAGAGAGUUAUGAGAACGAGGAGUCGGAUGCGGCUUGUUUGAAGAAGUUGGGGUAUGUCAAGAUCCCAGAUCCAGCUCCUGUGAAGAAGGAAGCUGCUUGAUUCAUUCUAGGGUUGUUGUUUAUUCUGUUAUCCAAACAGUUUAAAAAAAUGAAUCCUUUUGUGAAUUCGGGUUCUCAUAAACGUUAUUGUCUAUUUAUGUUUGCUUUGUUAAGUAAAGUCGGAGUCUUUUUAUGGAUUUAUGUAAAACCGAAUUAUGCUGAAGUGUUAUCAGUGUUUUACGAUUUGUUUAGUGUAUGUUUAAAGUUUAUAAGUGUUAUCUUGACACUGCAGAGAUAGCUCUUACUUUGACACCAAAUGGGUCUUGUUUAUGUUGUUUGUUUAGUAGCUGGAGUUAAUGGUCUGAUCAUGUAGAUUUUCUGUUCAUC